AUGUCGCAGACUGUCACGCGGGAACAAGUCGAGCUCGCUAUCCUCCCGGUUGGGCUGCCACUGGCUGAGCCUAUCAAGGCGUUGUCGCUGCAGCCUUGUUUGAAUAGCGACCAAAAUGAGCAAUCCAACGAAUCGGUUGCGCCUGCAGAGGCCUCUACUGUAUUUGAAGUCAUAGAGCCGGUCAUCACUGUACCCGUGAGCGAUGCCUCGCGCUUCGUCAUUGUAACGCUGCUAGUGGUGGCCAAUUUAAUCCAGUUCAUUUCCAACUUUUUGACCAUUAGUGGCGGUCUCACGCUCACUCACUUGCUAGGUCGUGAAACUGGCCCUGGCAAGGCAAACUGGAUGGCGGCGUCGUUUGCGUUAACUCAAGGCGCAUUUGUGCUCAUUUCAGGCCGUCUGGGGGCCAUCCACGGCCAUCAAAAUGUCGCCAUCGUUGGUCUCGCGGUGUUUGCAGUCUUUUCCUUCGCCAAUGGCUUCUGUCGCUCGUUUAAAUCCUUUGUAGCUGUGCGGGCAUUAUCUGGUGUUGGCGCCGGCAUCUUCAUGCCAAAUGCAGUUACAACUCUAGGGCUCAUGGUUCGGCCAGGAAAGAUGCGCAACUUGCUCUAUGGGCUGUUUGCUGCGUCGCCGCCUCUGGGAGGGUUGAUCGGUGCGCUGUUUGCAGGUUUAUGUGCUACCUGGGAUGGCAUCUGGGCAUGGACUGUUUUGUUUGCGGUUUUGGGUGCCCUCUCGGGUAUAUGCUGCGCGUGGCUGCUCGUUGCGGCUCCGGCCGAGCGACCAGUCGACCAAGGCGGAAAGCUGGAUAUUGUUGGUGCAGUCCUGGGGGUUUCAGGCUUGCUUCUGUACAACAUUGCGUGGAACCAAGCUCCAGCAGUAGGAUGGUCGACACCAUACGAGAUUGCCAUCUUGAUACUCUCCGUCGCCAUCUUUGCUGCUUUUCUCGUCUGGGAGCGCAAAUAUGCCGCUGAACCCAUCAUGCCGCUUGAUAUCUUCCGGGCUCCGACCUUUUUGUCCAUGAUCUUCGUCGUUCUAUUCGCUUACAUGGCCUUUGGUAUCGCCCUGUGGUAUUCCAUAGCAUGGCAGCAAACUCUACGCAACAUAUCUGUGCUUGAUAUCGGCAUCAGCCUGAUUCCCUUUGGCCUGGGUUCAACUGCUGCCGUCGGCUUAGCUGUACUUCUGCUGCCGCGCAUGGCAGCCAAAUGGGUCAUGGCCAUUGGCGUAGGCGUGAUUGUUGGAGCAAGCCUGCUUCUAGCGACAAUGCCAAUGCAGCAGUCGUACUGGUUCCAAGUGUUUCCAGCGAUGCUUCUCUGCGGCUGUUGUCCGGAUUUUGUCUACCUCGCUGCCCAGGUGAUUGCGAGCAACAGCGUAAAUACGAAACACUUGGGCGUGGCUAGCAGCUUAGUUGGCACCUUGAACCUCUACGGUAUCAGCCUGGGGCUGGGAUUUGCUGGGACAAUUGAGGUGGCACAGGGCAAGAAUUCAUGGCCAGCAGGUAGCGAGGACAGCCCCGAAGCCGUCAUGGCUGGCUUCAAGGCUGCUUUGUAUUUUAGUGCUGCUCUGGCAGCUGUAGGCUUACUCCUCGAUAUAGCGUUUGUUAGUGUACCAAAAGUCAAACACGACGAGUAA